CAUAAAAUAGGAAGAAGAAUAAACCUGUUUUUCAUUUCGAAGAUUUUCAUCAUCAUUUCUGAAAAUAUUUCCCUUUCUUGAUUUAUUUAUUUUGAACAAAAGACUUGUCUGGAUAUUUGCUGCUGACAGAGUCAUCCUGAAUAACAAUAACGAUGUCUGAUGAAAAUCAAAAAAGAUACUCCAAAGACAUGACAUACUCUAACGAAUUACAAUGUAAAGGAUGCAAACAUCAAAUACGAGAUCGUAUCUUAAUACUUUUAGUAAAGAAAGACAAAACAAUGAAUUACGAUAAUGUGAAAUUGAAAGGGGGACAGUGUAAAUUAGACAAACCCAUGAAUAUAUUGUCCAAUGAAGUACAACUUAAUAAUCAACCAGAAAUUUAUCAUGUUCACUGUUUGAAUUGUUUUGAAUGUGGUGAUCGAUUGGCAUUUGGAGAUGAGAAGUGCUGGAUCCAUCAUGAAAAUAAAGUUAUCUGUGUAAAUUGUAGAACAAGGUUUAAACAAUGUGGAAGAUGUCAACUUCAAGUCCCAGAAGAUGUUAAAUGUGGUCGUCAAUUAUAUCAAGGUGAUAAAUGCGGCAUUUUUAAUAAUGAUGUAUUCUGCUAUGAACAUUAUGUUACAAAGUGUUUAUCACUCAAGCUGCUGCAUUUUGAUGCAGAUACAACUUCUAAUAUGAAUGCAGUGGUAUCUUGUCAGGCAGAUAAACUGCAACCAUUUUUAAUGGAUCAAGAUAAUUUUACAGUUGGUAUGAAUGAAGACAGAGAUAACCAAAAUUUUAAUCAAAAUCAAAUGUAUCUGUCUAACAGCAAGCCGAAGUCAGACAGAAUGACAUCAUCAAAUACAAACUGUAACACAUUGCCUGGUUCGCUACAAUUCAACCAAUCUACAACUUCAAAUAAACAAAAUGAUAAUUUUUUAAUUGCACCAAAUUAUUCAGCUUCUAAUCAUCUACAAGGUGUUUCAAACCCGUCAGCGAAUUCAACAAAUUUAAAUCCAAUUGAAAAUUGUUCAUCUUCAGAUAACUGGUAUUCCCUUGAUGGAUCUAUGAUAAGUGAAGAAGCCCUGUUGAAUAAUAAUGACAUAUCACUGGCACUGGCAGAAAAUGGACAUUCAGUCGACAGUAGUACAAGUAGCAACUGUAGUGUUCAUUCAAAGUCUAAACGUAUAAGAACAAGUUUUACACCAGACCAAUUGGCCAUACUUCAGGCUAAUUUUGAUGUUGAAGCUAAUCCAGAUGGUCAAGAAUUGGAACGUAUUGCUAGUAUGGCAAAGUUGAAUAAACGUGUUACUCAAGUAUGGUUUCAAAAUGCAAGAGCACGUAAAAAGAAGAUAGAAUGUCGUGGUCAUCUAGGCGGACAACAUGAUCCAAUCAGUCUAAGUAGUUUAGCUUGUUGUUUAUCUGAUCCCAUUGGUGCAGAAGAGUUUUAUGACAAUUCAAAGGAGAAUAUACCUUCAGUAAAUAUGAAAGAAAGACAUCUGUUAACUAAUAAUAGUGAUACAACAAAUUCAGACCAAUUAUAUGAAAGACAGUCUAAAGACAAAGUUGACUUUUUCAAUGAAAUCAAUUCUAUUACUAAAAAUAAUAAUAUUUGUGAUGGUAAUAAUAAUGGAAAGCAUUUUGCAGAUAACCAAUGCUGUAGGUUAGAUGGGUUGUAUUCCAAUAGUUGCAUUGAUCACAGUAGCCUAAUAACGAAUGGCAAUGAGCUACACUUUUCAAAUAUGAACAGUUUUAUGGAGAAUGAUAUGAUUGUCAACAAAUUACUGGCAAAUACAAACCCGUUUGGAAAAUUUCCUUUUCCUGCACCGUAUGGACACUGUAUGCCGUUAACAGACACAAUCCCACAUCAAUGUGAUCAUCCUGAAAGAAAUAACAAUGAAAGAAAUUCAAACGUCAUCAAAAGUGUAGUCACGUCGAUUGGCGCUAGUAACUACAACAGCGAAAGCAACAACAGUGCCAAUAUUACUCCUAUAUCUAUCAACAGUGGAGAGAUCGGAAUUGUCGAAGAUAUAAAUAUGUCUGUGUAUUCCCAAAAUUCCAUUUCAGCCAACCGUUGUGGUCCUAAACAAAAUGUAUACAGCACAGACCAAAAUAUAUUUAAUUCUAUCCCGUCAAAUCAUCGUUCAUCGAAUAACUUUUACAUUCCAGCUAUAGCCCUACCAACUAAUUAAUCUGUCCUAUCAGUAGAGAAAAUUACACACUUUACUCCUAAACAGAUACUCUUCAGUUACAACACCUUCCAUGAACAAUAUAUUAUUACAAGCAUACAUAAUUAUAUAUGUAGAUUAAAUGCAUUGU